AUGGCAUAUAAUAAAAUAAAUUCAAUCAAUUAUAACUUGAAUAAGCUGAGUAAAGAAGAGAUGGACUGCGAAAUUGAAAAGAUAAUAAAUGAGACCAGACAACUGGAAAAUUUGGUUGAAAGAACAAGUGAUCAGACUUUAAAAGAGAUUAAUAGAUUAGAUAGAGUUAUACAAAAUUACAGUCAAAGAAGAACGGUUGACAAGGUUGAUAAAGAGGAAGAGGAUGAAACUAAUGAUAAUACUCAUCCUCACCCUCAUGCCUGGAGUUUAAGAUUCUUUAAAUUUUGUACCAAGAAAAAGGAUGAUAAGAAAUAUUUACUAAGAGCUGAAAUUCCAGGAAGCGAUUAUUCUGCAAUCAACUCUAGUUUGUUUGCUCAUAACAGCAGUGAUUUAUCAUUGUCUAACGAUCAUCCAAAUGGUGGUUUUACAAAUCACAAUUAUUCACUCUCCCCUUUACAAAUAUUCAAUUCAGCUUUGAAUUCAUCUCCCACAAUUGGUCAUAUUAGGGAACGUGGUGAAAGUAUUAUCAGUGACGAUUUUCUGUAUAUGAAAAGAAUGAAUGCACUCAAAUAUCGUUUAAUGGAUCAAAGUUUAUAUAAUGGACAGAUUCAAGAUAGUGAUAAUUUGAAUAUUGUCACGCCUUUAUUGCUGAAGUUUAAUGGCGACAGUAAUAUGGAAAAGAACACAAUAGGCCAAGUCAGCUGGUGGCAUACGAUGAUACAUUCAAUCAGAAAUGUAUUUAAAUAA